AUGGACGGACAGGACACUGGCGCUCUGCCCAAGCCCAAGCCCAAGCCAAAAAGGUUCAUUCCGGUGCCCCCGGAGUACCGUCGCCUCACUCAUGCUACAGAACGCGAGCUCAUCGUCAACAACAUCAAGAUCGACACUGGCUGCGAUGUCAUCCCCAAAUGGGACGCUGGGUAUAUCACUCAGUUCGCCAUUGCUGGACAAGGUGCAGGCGUUGAGAAGGCCGUCCGAUACAUUAACCACUGGAUCUCUAACGCGCAUAUCAAGUCAAAAGACUCAUCAUCAUGGGCGAAGACGCCUGCAUUCGACCAUAACAAAUGGUACUACGACAGCAUUGAAGAGCGGGAGCCCCGCGACAUAGCGCGCAUCGAAGCAGCCGAAGCGCAUCUCAUGACGAUGAUCGACAAAGUCAAAGCUGAUGCUAUGGGACUGCAGCAUGUAAUCAACAUGAUUCUUGAUGAAAAAGAGGGCUUGGAGGUUGUUCUGGAGGAGGCUGACGCGUGGUGGCCGAACCUUCAAGAUCGAGUCGUACCUCGCCUCCUCUCCAGUGGGAUAAUGGAAACCCCCGGCAGCUUCCGCAAUGAGAUCAUGCACUUCACGCAGCUUUCAAAGAUCCAGCAUUCAAUUCAGCUGGCCCUUGAAGCUGUGCGCCACACCAAAGGCGCGUACGAUAUGGCUAUUCGGCUAGGGUGCCUGGCUCUGAGCUCAAGACAUAUCAAAGAGGAUAAGAUUGGCCAGAAGUUCGGGAAGGAUAUAUUCUUGAAGUCGAUUAACGGACCUGUUACAGUUGAGAUAAAGAAGUGGCUUGCUGAUGAUGCACUGGGCUCGCAAAUUCUGGGAGCACUCUGCAUGGCCAAUGAUUUCCUGGAGCCGACGAAGUCUUCUGCCUACUUCGGUUAUACGCCAAAAUCGCUGGAAGGCACUCGUCCAAUGUUCCGAGGAACGUGGGUGUUCACAGACCCCAGCAGCGUUGUUGCCCCACCGCGUGAGCCGGUAGCUGUGCGCCAUGCUGGACGUCCUAAAGCGCCUCCCCAAGCUUCCGCUAGUACAACCACUCCAUCCGUAGCGCCGCAGUCCGAACUCAUCGUUGUUCAGGUCGACUGGACUGAUGACGAAGAGGGCUUGUACGAGAAGACAACAACCCGGUUCUACAAAAUCGAUCAGGGUCGUAAAACACCAAAGAAGAACAUGGAUAUCAAUCUGCUGGAGCUUGGAGAGAGCCGAGGAUGGCACUUUGCCCUUGAGUCCUUGAUUCCUGUGGCAGCGAAGAGCAUCUCGCCUGUCAUUACUGGCUUCGCUGAUCGAGUCAAGAUGAGACCCAACCACGAUUAUCGUUCUACCGAAAGCUUCGCUGAGUGGGAUCAGACACCUACCGUCAAGAAGCACCUACGGAACGGCCGUCUGGAAACCAUCUACUCAUUCGGCAUCAAGCAGACCUGCUACAAGGUUGAGGCUACUUGUAUGUGGUACCCAGGACAGAGACUUCCCGUCUGGGGUCUCUGUGUCCGCCACUCUGAAUGGGCUACUCAUCUUGCGGAACUUGAGCGUCUUCCUGUGGGUCGAAAGGCCGACUGGGGUCACACUGUGGCUACCUUCCUGCCAGAUGACGGUCAGUCUUGCUACUCCAGCGCGGUCGAGGACGAGGACUUCGGAAUGAGGAACCUCGAUCUGGGCUCUGGCGUUGAAACACCACCACGCGAUGGUAUCCGUAUCCUCAUGGACAAGCUGCUUCAGCUGUCAGCCAUCGUCAGUUCUGUCACAGACAUGGGAGGCGUCGCUAUCUAA